AAUAUAAAGCAUCAUCUGACUGGCCCUUCACUAUGCUAAUCACUGAAAGGACUAGUACAAGUAAGACCAAUAUAUUAGCAAAUCUUGUUUUUAGAAAUAAGAGUGAGCAUAUAUACAAAGAACAGAAAGAAGAAGCUCAAUAUAUUAGAUAUGAUGAUUUGAUAAUAGCUAAUUGUUAUACUGAUGAUAUAAAAAAUGCAUCAAUAGUCAUUAAUAGCUACCUUCACAAAAGUGAAUUUGUUGUAUUUGAUUUAGAUAGAUCUGAAAAUGAUCCUCUCACAAUUUGGCUAAGAUUUGAUAUUCUAUUAAACUUGCAAAAGGAAAUAGAAGCUAGGCAGAAGUGCAAGAAAAGAAGCGUGCAAGUUAAUUCAUAA